AACACUAACUUAAAGACCGUGGCGAUUCUCCCAGCAUCGCGAAAUGUCCCUAUCGAUACCUUUUCCCGGAAAAUGAAGACUGCGUUGGAAGAGAUGGGCGCAAAGACAUCGUAUAUGAAUCAAGCCUCUGCGUCAGGUCAUCUUGGUCGUCACGCAUUCUCUCGUAUGGGCACAUUCAAGGCUGCAGCUUGGCUUGCAGACCAAGAGCAAAGAUAUAGAACAGUGCUUUACGUCGUUGAUUCACCCGUCAACAGCCCCUGGACGCAGACUUGUAUCCGACAGGCGGACUUUGUGAUUGGGAUGGGUGAUGAUCCGAGCAUUGGAGAAUACGAAAGGCUGCUACUUUUAAUG